AUGCAAAGCCGAGGAGAGAACACUCUAAACCGUCUCGAUGAAGAUGCUGGUGAGCUCGAUUAUCUAUCCAAACAGCUGGGACGAAUGGACGGCCUCUCGGAUGAUCUGAUUGGCAUCUUGGAUGGCUUCGAAGGACGUCUUAUGAAGCUGGAAGCAUCUAUCAAACCGAUACAUAGCUCGACGCAGAACCUCACCAAACUUGCAAGCAAUAUCGACCGAGCCCUUACAGCAACCGAUGAUAUCGUCAAUUGUUUGAAUUUGCCAAGCAAAGAGGAUGCUUUCAUUACCAAAGGACCUGACGAGCACAAUGUAUUACCUUACUUGCAAACGAUGGGGGCAUUGAAGGAUGCGGUGGAUAUGGUUGAAAGCAGUAAUCUACGUUCGUGUGAGAAAGCUGUCAAUCAAAUGAAACAAUUGCUCAAGGCUGGUAUGUUGCAUCUCGAGACCUUAUUCCGCAAAUGGCUAUCAUUCGUCAGUGAUCCUAUUGAUGCUACAAGCGUACUUGAUCCAAAUCAUGAGCCAUUACCAUCAGGAUCGCUCAAGGAGCUUUCACAAUUAUCAACUUAUAUCUCGGCUUCAGAGAAGGAAAUCGGCUAUGCUGUGGACUUCACCAAACCAUACAUCGAGAUUCGUUCAGCCUACCUUGUCAAAUCGCUUCAUUCUCUUGCACAAUCGGUACAGCUAUCCGAACGACACCAAGGCAUUUCAUAUGAAAAGGGCUCUGGCGAAUUCUUGAGAUACAUUGAAUGCUUUGCAAAGAUGAUCCAGGAUGAGCAAGAGUUUGCUACGAGAAUUCUUCAGAAUCCUACACAGCGAAUGGCAGCUCUGAAGGGAACCAUUGCACCGGCUAUGCAUGAAUUGGUAUCUGCAGGACGACAGCUCAACAUGGUGGCCAAACGUUUGAGCUAUUAUGACACCAUCUUCAUCUUCGAUAUCAUGGACAAAUAUGAACGUGAUUGUGCACCCAUCUUUAAAGAGCUCUCGGCUGAAGUGGAUUUGAGCGAGUGCACCGAUAUGAUCUCGACCUUCAAGCUCACAGCACUCAAGAUUUUCUUCGACUUUAUGGAGGAUGUCAAGGGCAAAAAGGAGAACAAUGCGUUUACCAAUAUGAGUAGUGAUGGCACAGUACACGAAAUGACAAGCAAUACCCUGAACUACCUCAAGCGUCUUUAUCUUUGGCGAGACAUUGUGGAGCCUUUGUUGAUCAUCUUGGGCGACGGUGGCUGGAACCAUCCUAUUUCGCUCUCCAAUAUACCUGAACAACAGCAACCUUAUGGCGAGUCAACAAAAGGAUUUAUGCUUCUCCAGAGCUUUUUCGGCGAUGCAUUGGAUCAGCUGACAAUGUCGAUUCAAAGUCGGUCACGAGGAUACAAGAAACCUGCAUUGGCAACCAUCUUUUUGCUCAACAAUUACAACCAUAUCUUGCGUCAGAUUCGAACACCACCCUUGAAUGCCGUAUUUGAUGACUCGACGGAGAUGAAGUUCAGCAAGCUCGUCAAGAAGCAAAUCGACUCUUAUCAAGAUUCAUGGAAGCCGUGCGUGGAAAAUCUUAUGGAUGUCACCUAUGUGCGUGGUGGUACUAUCAAGAACUCCAUGGGCAGUGGAGAAAGACAACUUGUCAAGGAACGAUUCAAGAACUUUAAUACCGAGUUUGAAGAAAUUUGGCGUGCACAGACAACUUAUGCUGUUCCUGACGCUGAACUACGAGCUCAAGUCAUUCGCGAUGUCAAAAAUGUGUUGGUGCCAAUGUAUGGUCGCUUCUUGGACAAGUAUCAGGGUACGGAUUUCACCAAGAACCCGGCCAAGUAUAUUCGUUACGACAAGGAUAAAUUAGAAAAGAUGUUGAACCAUUUAUUUGAACCUACUGCUUAA